AUGUCUUUUUCCAAUGGCCAGCCGGCUUGGCCAUCGCCGGCCUUGCAUCAUGCCAACAGUGCCAGGUCGCUCCAGCAUCUUGACGAUGCCUCGGCGCGUACAUCGACCCCUGUUGACAACUCCAUCGCGCCGGUACCUGAGCUCACGCUAGACGCCGAGGAAGAAGCCCGUCGCGCUCAUUUCGCCGAACUCUAUCGAAAAUCCGAGAGUCGAGUCGACCUACUGUUCCUCGAAAAUGGCGCAUAUAACCGCCCGGCGAUCGAGGCGUUGCGUCGCCUGCCAGUCGCGUCCGCGGUUACCUUGCCGCCCACCACCGACCACGAACCGAUAAAAGAACCCCCCAUGAAGAAGGCCAGACGAGCAAUUGACGAAGAUGACUAUGACGAUGAUGACGAUGAUGACGACGAUAGCGCGCCUGCUGCUGUUCCCAAAACGCAGGCUUCGAUGGUCGCCAACCCCCUCUUAUCGCCCUCGAAAUCCGGAAGCUCGCCGGUUCACUCGAUGAAUUCGCCAGCCAAAACUCUCGAUAAAUCCAAACCUCAAGAAAGCUCACAAGGAAAAGAUGCUACCGAAGAGAGCGAACUCAAAACUCUCGAAGAGUCGCGAAAAGCGACCGAACAGGCCGCUCGCCGAAGUUUCCAUACAACCAUGUACACUCUGGAGAAUGAUCGCACUGCAAUGCUCGAACAGCAACAGUUGGAAGACUCGGAAAAGCAGCUUCAAGCUGAGAUGGAUAACAACAACAACAACAACAACAACAACAGCCAGGGCGGUGCCAGCGGACUUCAAAAUGCCAACCAAGGAACUCUCAGCAGUGCCAACCUAGGUGCCUCCAGUCUCACGCUGAAGCAUUUGAUUGCGCGGAUCGACAUGAAGAGAGAUCAAGUCCAGGCUACCGACGCGGAACUGCGAGUUUUGAUGAACGAGGUUCGCAAAAAUCGUAGCAAAUGGGCGAGCGAGGACAACGUCAAUCAAGAAGAUUUGUACGAAGCCCUGGAGAAGGUUUUGACGGAGUUGAAGGCACAUACGGAAUAUUCAACGCCGUUCUUAACCCGUGUUAACAAGCGAGAUGCGCCGGAUUACUAUACAAUGAUCAAGAAUCCGAUGGAUCUCGGAACGAUGACGAAGAAGCUCAAAUCAUUAACCUACAAGUCGAAAAGUGAUUUUGUCGCAGACCUCAACCUAAUAUGGGACAACUGCCUAAAAUAUAAUGGCGACAUGAAUCACCCUCUCCGUCGCAUGGCCAAUGGCAUGCGCAAAGAGGCGGAGAAACUGAUACCGCUGAUCCCGAAUCUCGCCAUUCGCUCACGAGUCGAUGUCGAAAAAGAGGAAAGGCGAAAAGCAAACGGCGAGGAGGAUGAUGGAGGUGACGACUCCGACGAUGAGCCUAUCAUGUCAUCCCGAGGUCGUAAGGCCGGGACAAAAGGAACCGGCAACAAGUCUCGGACUGCGCCAUCAGAUGAGCAAAAAGAAGAUACGCCAGUUGUCGAUCAGAAGCCGGUGAUACAGCUGAAUGGUCUUCUUGGGAAACAUGGGCGCGAAGGUUCCGAGGCCGACGGCAGCAAUGGAUUCUCAACGCCACCGAUUGGAAACCUAACACCAAACGGAGCAAACGGGCAAUCUGGCAUAGGCAGCAACGCCGAUGCUAUGGAAAUCGACGCGCCGAGCUUAAACGGAAUGGCUCUCAACCAAAAUUUUGACGAAGCAGCCGAACAAGUUUACGAAGACGAAGAGUACAAGGUCUGGAAGCAAAUCACAAAGAAGGAUCGAGCCUUGGCUGCCAAAGAGCGCUUUUCGCUGUUCAAAGACAACAAAUUGAACGGCGAUGCACCGGCCCUGCUCCGAAGUAGGGCUGGUAUGCGUCGGUUCUUGAAGCACCAGAAAGAGGCGGAAGCACUUGGACUUGGGCAAGGCUUCUCAGACGCGUCAGCUAUUGCAGCAAAGGACGCUGGCUCAAAGGCACAAGAAACACUCGCGGAUGGAAUCGACGAUGAGCAGGAUAAGACCAUGCCCGACUACUAUGAAUCUCUCUCAAACAUCCCUGAUGUGCCUGUCAAGCUGCAGUGGAUCGAGGACGGUGAAGGGCAGGUCAUCAAUCAGCACGAAGAAUUUUUACGCCUGGUGCAACCUGGCUUAUUCACAGCGCCUCACAGCCGAUUCGCAAAGAAAAUGGACGACAACAUUCAUCAAAUACAAGAAACUCGGAAACUCGCGACAAAAAUUUCUGUCAUCAAGCAGAUGCAGGUCCAGUCGCAAGUGUAUACGAAUCAGUUUCCCAAGUCGAAUAACGAGCCAUUUGUGGAGCAAGAUAUUGAACCACACUUCUACUCUGACGACGGGCCCGUCAUGGCCGCAGAUACUUGCCAAAACGCGUUGAAGCGGUCUGUGGGCAAGAUUCUGUACAACUGCGGGUUCGAGGAGUUUCAGCCUUCGGCUGUGGAUACUCUCACGAGCAUCGCUGCGGAUUAUUUCCAAAAACUCGUCCGAACCUUGAACGUCUAUCGUGAGGCGGAGAAGAAGUCUAUCGAGUUACCCGACGGAACAAAGAUAUCGACGCGCUUCUCAGCAGAAGAAGUCAUUCUACACACCCUCGACGAGACCGGCCACGACAUUUCCACGCUAGAGCUAUACGCUAAGGACGAUGUCGACAGACUCAGCACACGACUCGGCACGCUGCAUGAGAGAAUGAAGAUGCACCUGACCGACCUGCUUCGGCCAGCUCUCUCUGGCGAUGCCGGCAACGACGGUGUCGGCGCUUUCAAGGACGGCAGCGACCAGUUCACCAGCGGCGACUUUGCCGACGAGCUCGGCGAGGACUUUUUUGGUUUCAAAGCGCUCGGACUGGACAAGGAGAUGGGCCUGGACUCGUUCUCCGUGCCCUUUCACUUGCUACAGAGCCGCGUGCGCAGCCAGUACCAGAUGCAGACGCAGAACGCGGGCGGCGUCACCAGCUGCGACGUCUUUGAGACGCUGCCGACGUCGGAGCCCGUCACGACGGACAGCAUCCAGCACCACAUUGGCCUCGUGCGCAACUUCUUCCUCGCCAAGCUGCACGCCAACGGCGACCAGCCGCUCAUCGAGGACGAGGACCUGCCGACCAAGCAGCGCAAGCCGCGCCCGCGCCUCGGCGCCAGCGGCAAGAUCAUGUCGGCGCAGAAGCGGCCCCCGCGUGAGCAGAUCGCCCUCGCCAAGAAGCGGAAGAAGCUCGAGGCUCAAGCGGCCGAGGCCCGACUCAAUGCCGAAAAGGCCGGUGCUGCUGGCGGUACUGGUGCUGGUGCUGCUGGCAGCGGCGCGAUGCUGGGCAAGAAGAAGCCGAGCAUCUCCAACGGCGCCGUGGUGCCGCCCAACCCGGCCGUCAUGGCGCUGGCCCCGAGCAUGGAACGCGUGGACAGCAUGCAGAGCGCCACGGACAAGGAUGAUACGACGGGGAUGAUGAGCCCAGAGAGCAUUGCGCAGUAG